AUGUCCAAGAUCACAGUCGCCGGAGUGCGCGAGAAUGUCCAGUCUCUGCUCGACUACUCGCUCAACGAGAAGAAGCGUAACUUCCUCGAGACCGUUGAGCUUCAGAUCGGCCUGAAGAACUACGACCCCCAGCGUGACAAGCGUUUCUCUGGUACCAUCAAGCUGCCCGUUGUUCCCCGUCCCAACAUGGCCAUCUGUAUCAUCGGUGACCAGCACGAUCUCGACCGUGCUAAGCACCACGGUAUUGAUGCUAUGUCCACCGACGACUUGAAGAAGCUCAACAAGAACAAGAAGCUCAUCAAGAAGCUUGCUCGCAAGUACGAUGCCUUCCUUGCUUCCGAGGCUCUGAUCAAGCAGAUUCCCCGUCUGCUCGGUCCCGGUCUGUCCAAGGCCGGCAAGUUCCCCACCCCCAUCUCCCACAACGAGGACAUGGCCAACAAGGUCAACGACGUCAAGUCCACCAUCAAGUUCCAGCUUAAGAAGGUUCUGUGUCUCGGUGUUGCCGUCGGCAACGUUGGCAUGGGCACCGAGGAGCUCGUUGGUAACCUCAUGUUGUCCAUCAACUACCUUGUCUCCCUCCUCAAGAAGGGCUGGCAGAACGUUGGAAGUCUUGUCAUCAAGGCUUCCAUGUCUCCCCCCAAGCGCAUCUACUAG